GCCGCCGCCAGCAGUGCCGCGGCCCCGCCCCCUCGCCCACGUCCUGCACGCCCGGCUCCUGCCUCAAUGGGGGGCGCUGCGUGGGCCUCCCCAAUGACACGAGGUCUUCUGGUCGCUUUAAGUAUAUCAUGGGUUCUUAUAUGGCAUUUCGUGAGGCGCAUAAAGAGGAGCAACGGCCACAGGCCCUCUGUAAAAGUCGUUUUCCGCUGCAGGUGCGUGUGUCCUGGAGGUUCGUGGGGCUCGCACUGCAAGGUCCUCUCGCGCACCUUCUUCGGGUCGGGAUGGGCGUGGGUGCAGCCCCUCCCCCCUUGCCUCCCUGCCGUCAUAUCGCUUCGGAUCCUCACUCUCCAUCCGCACAGCCUCCUGUUGUACUUGGGCCCUCUCACCACUCAGUCCAGAAGAAAAGACACUCCUUCGACACCCGCGCCCAUGGUGGCAGUUCAGCUGAUGGAUGGGCGCCCGCAGGUGCUGGUCGAGGGCGAGGCAGGUCCCGUCAAGCUGGAAAUCAGCACCCCGCUGCACGACGGCGAAUGGCACGUCAUCCACCUCCAGCUGGACUCUCGGGGCGUGGUCCUCAUGGUGGAUGUGUGCGGGCGGGGCUGGGAGGAAAGCGCCUCCGAGUCCCACUGCGUCGCGCGGGCGGCAUGGCCACGCGGGGGCGCCCUGGCCUCGUGGGCGAUGCCUGGGCCGAUGCAGCUGGGCGGCCUGGCGCACGACCUGCCCUCGCCCGAGGAGCUCGGCUGGAGCGAGGCGCCCACGACCCACCCGCUGGACGGCUGCGUCUCGCACCUCACCGUCAACGGUCAGGUGAGCGGACAAGCGUGGAAGUAG